AAGAUCUAAUUUGAAAUGUAUUCCCAUCUAUAUAUAUAUACAUGAUUAGGUUGUAAGAGUGAUAUCCCAUGUUUGUCCUCCAACUGUCUCAAUUGUCUAAAGCACAAUACUAAUUGUUAAGUCAGACCAAUUCCGUGGUUCCGUCUAUUUUCAUUAACAUGAGCUGUGAGUCAAUAUCCUGUUUCAAAAAUUUGUUUUGCGAAGUGUGAAACUGAUUUAUACUGAUUCUUAACAACCCCACGAAAGCUGCUUAGAUGAAAAUUUGUUUGAUUACCUGAACAGUUUUCUUAAGCCUGAGACAAUCUGAUGUAUAGAUUCUUACGUAAAAUUUCUGUCCAUAGGAGUUAUACAGACUAUGGUUUAAAAUAAAAGUGGAAGGUGGAGAGGCAGAGGUUGCAUGGUCUGGCUGCAUUUUAACCAGGAUUAGAGGCAGAAGCGGACCAAUCCCAACAAAGCGCGGGCCCUUUGAAUGUUCUCUGGUCCAAUAGCGGAUAGUCUGAUUGUAUAAAAGAUGGACGGUGCUUUGCAGUGCACGGUAGUGUCUCAGUCUUUGUCCCUUUGUUAGCGGCAUGGCUCGCACCAAGCAGACAGCCCGCAAGUCCACCGGCGGCAAGGCCCCGCGCAAGCAGCUGGCCACCAAGGCCGCCCGCAAGAGCGCCCCGGCCACGGGCGGCGUGAAGAAGCCCCACCGCUACCGGCCCGGCACCGUGGCGCUGCGCGAGAUCCGGCGCUACCAGAAGUCAACCGAGCUGCUGAUCCGCAAGCUGCCGUUCCAGCGCUUGGUGCGCGAGAUCGCGCAGGACUUCAAGACCGACCUGCGCUUCCAGAGCUCGGCCGUCAUGGCCCUGCAGGAGGCGAGCGAGGCCUACCUGGUGGGUCUGUUUGAGGACACCAACCUGUGCGCCAUCCACGCCAAGCGUGUCACCAUCAUGCCCAAGGACAUCCAGCUGGCCCGCCGCAUCCGCGGGGAGAGGGCGUAAAGGCUAGGAAGUGCAGGCUUGAACCCAAAGGCUCUUUUCAGAGCCACCUACAAUUUCUGUAAAAGCUGCUGUUCUAUUUCUAUCUUGGAAAAUUCUAAGUGCAAGAAAAUGCCAGUUUACUAACACCCUGCUAAGCGGUGCUACCUCUAGUGUUUUUUUACUAGCUUUGACAUGUUUUAUCCCUCUACCCAACUGCCUUUAAGCUGAAGAAAAAUAGAGGUAUUGUUUGUAAUAAAUGGCUGAAUACUGCUGUCAGUCUUUGUGUCA